GGUCCGGACCGCCCGGCGUCGCGAAUCCCGCACGCCGCAGGGCCGAUAUGAUCUUGUGCGCUAGCAGACAUGCCGUCACCCGCCGCAGGGCGCUCAUAGCUGGACGCGAUGACGCGAAAUAUUACUUACAUCUGACCGCUGUCCGUCUGCCGUGCCGUCCUGGACAACCCUCACUCCCCUGAAACCUUCCACACGACACACUAUUAUCAUGGCGGACCUCAGCAGAGUCGAGUCAAUGCAGUAUCCUGCGGGGCAUUUAGCCCAUCUUACAGAGAACCAGCAGGCGCAGUUGGAAGCAUUUGAGAAGCUUGCGCAGGAAAAAGGCUACUUCACGCCCGGCACAGACACAACCGAUGCCAGCCAUGACGACGAGACGAUGCUUCGAUUCUUGCGCGCGCGUCGCUUUGUAGCAUCGGAAGCCUUCAAGCAGUUCAAGGAUACAGAGGACUGGCGCAAGGACCAGAAUAUCCACGAUCUCUUCGAGACCAUCGAGGUCGAAGAGUAUGAGCAGACGCGCCAGCUGUAUCCCCAAUGGCUUGGCCGACGCGACAAGCGCGGCAUUCCGCUCUACCUAUUCGAGGUUGCACCUUUGAAUUCCAAGAACAUUUCCGCGUACGAGAAAGCCCUUGCCAAGGCAAAGACCACCUCACCAAAGGUCGCAACGAAGAACCUUCGUCUGUUCGCCCUCUACGAAUCGCUCACUCGUUUUGUCACUCCUUUUUGCUCCAUGGUCACACGGCCGCAUCCUGAGACCCCCAUCUCGCAGAGCAACAACAUUGUCGACAUCAGCAACGUGGGGCUCAAGCAGUUCUGGAACCUCAAGAGUCACAUGCAGGACGCGUCGGUCCUGGCUACAGCUCACUACCCCGAGACGCUCGACCGUAUCUUCAUCGUUGGCGCUCCUGGCUUCUUUCCCACUGUCUGGGGCUGGGUCAAGCGUUGGUUCGACCCGAUCACCGUUUCCAAGAUUUUCAUCUUGUCGCCAGCCAAUGUUUACGCGACUCUCUCCGAGUACAUCGAUCACGAAAACAUUCCCAAAAAGUAUGGCGGUGGACUAGAGUUCGGUUGGACCCAAAUGCCAAACUUGGAUCCAGAAAUCGAAGCUGCCAUGAAGUGGGAAAACCCAAGCAUGGAGAACGGCAGGAAGACCUUGCCUACCGGGCCUGUGAAGUGGGAGAAGGGUCCGGACGGAGACAUGCAAGCCUGGGCAGUAGGUCGAGAGAACGGCCAGCCUCGACGAAAGCUCAUCUUCACUAUACCUAAGCCCGUAGGAUUCAGGACGAAGCCUGUGGUCAACACGCCAGCGCAUGAGCUCGGCGAUCCACUCACGACUGUUGGCACUGCCACUCACCCUCCAGAUGUAGAAGACUCGGUCGCCGACCAGUCUCCUCCCUCAGACUCACCAGCCCUAUCUGAAACAAACCAAACGCCGAACGUGGCCGUAGCCAGCACAGCACCUUCGUCUACCCCUGCACAGACAGCACUGCCUAUCCGCGAGGGUACUUCAGAAGCGCGCUUCGAACAACAAGACAAGACACAUGCGUCAGGCCAACUUGCAGAGGGUACACCAGAUGCUGCUGUAAAGGAUCAUGGCUACGGUGAUAAGACAGUGACGAUGGAACCCAACACAGUCGGCCAGGCGCCAAAACAAAUACCACUCCCCGAGCGCGAAGAGCCCCCUGCGCCAGGCUAUCUCGAGCAGGCACAGAACGCAGCUGCUCAGGCCUCAGGAUACGUUGCCUCAACAGUCACUUCUGUGGCCGGUGCUGUGACCGGCGCGGUGUCAGGCAACGCAGAGAAGAAGGAGGAAAUUGUCGAACCCACACAUACCAAGAGCCCUGCAGAGCAACAGCUGGACUCACAAAUCGACGCGGCCAAGGACCAGAAUGUAGAAGUGUUCCUGCGCGAGCAGAAUCGCAGCCGGGCAUAGAAAGUCUGGUGUUGCGUCGUGUUCUCGGUGAGGCGGUGUACGAUACCAAAUGGCGAAGAUAGCUCUGCCUCUCAACCCCUGUCCGAUCUCCGGCGUGGGCUUACGAAUGAAUGUUCAUCUUAAUCCC